UACCACAAACAAACACACACACACACACACACACACUUAUCAACUCGUUAGCAUCAAUGGCUUCUCUCAACAUUCCUCCCACAAAACCCUACAAUCGCUCGAAAAGAAUCGAUAGCUUUAAUCGAGUCAGACACGAGCACUCGUCCUUCCUCGGGAAAACAUUCCCGAGUAGGGAUUUGUCGGAAAAUCGCCCUCCGUUAACCGUCUCAAAAGUUGCAACAAAACCACCUUCGGAAAUCGUUGCUCCCUCAAAGCAAGAAGAUGCAAAUAUUGAUAGGAAUCAUAUUGCAUGGACAAGUGUUAGGCAUGAGAGAUGGCAAGGAGAGCUUCAUGUUCAAGGAGAAAUUCCACUAUGGCUGAAGGGAACAUACCUAAGAAAUGGUCCGGGGCUAUGGCACAUCGGAGACUACAACUUCCGGCACCUCUUCGACGGCUACGCGACCAUCGUCCGCCUCCACUUCGAGGAUGGCCGCCUCGUGAUGGGCCACCGUCAGGUCGAAUCGGAGGCGUACAAGGCCUCCCAAAAGAAUAAAAAGCUUUGUUACCGCGAAUUCUCGGAGGCCCCGAAAACCGACAACUUCUUGGCUUAUAUAGGUGACCUAGCCAACCUCUUCUCCGGUGCGUCGCUGACCGACAACGCAAACACCGGAGUGAUCAGGUUGGGCGACGGGCGGGUCGUCUGCCUGACGGAGACCAUAAAAGGGUCCAUUGUCAUAGACCCGGACACGUUGGACACAUUGGAGAGGUUCGAGUAUAGCGACAAUCUGGGCGGGCUGGUCCACUCAGCCCACCCGAUUGUGACGGAUAGCGAGUUUUUGACUUUAUUACCGGAUCUCAUCAACCCGGGAUACCUAGUGGUGAGGAUGGAACCCGGGACCAACGAAAGGAAAGUGAUCGGGCGGGUGGGCUGUCGGGGCGGGCCGUCGCCCGGGUGGGUCCACUCGUUCCCCGCCACGGAGCACUACGUGGUGGUCCCGGAGAUGCCACUUAGGUAUUGUGCCCAAAAUUUGCUCAAGGCUGAGCCCACACCAUUGUUCAAGUUCCAAUGGCACCCUGAGUCCAAAGCAUUCAUGCAUAUCAUGUGUAAAGCUAGUGGCAAAAUUGUGGCGAGUGUGGAAGUUCCUUUAUUCGUCACGUUUCAUUUCAUCAAUGCGUACGAGGAGAAAGACGACGACGGCCGAGUGACGGCCGUCGUCGCCGAUUGCUGCGAACACUACGCCGAUACAACCAUCCUUCAAAAUCUCACCCUUCAAAAUCUUCGCUCUCUCACCGGCCAAGAUGUCUUGCCGGAUGCAAGGGUUGGGAGAUUCAAGAUUCCAAUGGAUGGGAGUCCAAAUGGGAGUUUAGAAGCAGCAUUGGAUCCAAAUGAACAUGGGAAAGGCAUGGAUAUGUGCAGCAUAAAUCCUAAAUUUUUGGGGAAGAAAUAUAGAUAUACUUAUGCAUGUGGUGCUCAAAGGCCAUGCAACUUCCCCAACACCCUAACUAAGAUCGAUUUAGAGGGGAAGAAGGCGAAGAAUUGGUUCGAGGAGGGCUCCGUGCCAUCGGAGCCCUUCUUCGUGGCCAGGCCGGGCGCGACAGAGGAAGAUGAUGGUGUUGUGAUCUCAAUGAUUAGUGAGAAAAAUGGUGAUGGAUAUGCUUUGUUGUUGGAUGGAAUUACAUUUCAAGAAAUUGCAAGAGCAAAAUUCCCCUAUGGCCUUCCUUAUGGCCUGCAUGGAUGUUGGGUUCCCAAAAAAUGAAGUUAAAUUUUAAUUAAUUAGUAGAAUUUGCAUUUUACAAUUAAUGUUGGAAAAUAUAUAUAUAUAGCAUAUAGUAUAAUUUUAUGUAUACGAGUGACUAAUAAUGUUGUGAGAUUGUUUGUGUCGUAAUCAUCAUUUUGUGAAAUAUGUAAAAUAUAUGUGGAUUUUUGUGUAUAGGGAGGAUAUUUUGAGUCAUUAAA